AUGAAGUGGACGCUGUUCUUGCUGUUGGUGGGCGCCGUCGUUCUGGCCGCAGCCCAGGAUCUGGAAGAAGAUAACGAGCUAUUCGCCGAAGACCAGCAGGACGAAGCUUCAACUGCCGAGGAUAAUAGCAGCACCGAGGAGGACGAAGAUGACCAAGUCAAUCUUCGCGUUGUUCGAUCGGCUGCUGCCCAGUCAGAAGGAACCGGAAGGGUCCGCAACAGGGGAGCAGCUGCCAGAGGGAACGCCGACCAGCAGCAAGGAGACCGACGCCGUCGGGGAGAAGGCAAAGCUUGCCGUUACACCAAAGGCGCCUGGUCCGAAUGCAACACAGCCACCAACCAGCGCUCACGCAGCCUCACGCUGAAGAAGGGAGACAGCAGCUGCGAGCAGUCCAAGACCAUCACCAAAAAAUGCAAAAAAGGUCAAUCACCAAUUCAUUGA